ACCACCCAGUGGCAAUAGCUGGAGACUUCAACGCCUGGGCAGUAGACUGGGGUAGCAAGAAUACAAACGCGCGAGGAAAGGAAUUACUAGAAGCCUUUUCUACAUUAGAUGUAGUACUGCUCAACAAUGGUGACACACCAACCUACACCAAAGGAGACACAAGUUCUAUUGUAGAUCUCACUUUCGUCAGUGGCAGCCUCACCAGAGGUAAUAUCAACUGGAAGGUGAUGGAUACCUACACAGCCAGCGACCACAACGCGAUUCUCUGGGAAAUAUUAAACGCCCAGAGCCCGAGAAGACCUAAAAAGCAACUUAACACCAUUGGUUGGAAGGUAAAAACUCUUGACCCAAGGGCAUUGUUAGUAGCUCUCAAUAGUGACCAGAUUAUCGCGGGCUGCGCAGAAGAGAAGACCAAGGACCUGAUGAAAAGAGUGACCCAGGCGUGUGACGCCAGUAUGUCUCGUAGACGUGGCAUAAACACAAGUCCCCAAUAUUGCUUUAAAAACAACUAUAAAAGCAGUGCCAUCAUUGUUCCUGGACGUCUACGACACAUGCCUCAAGGAAGGGAUUUUCCCUCGAAAGUGGAAGCAGCAACGACUAGUACUACUUUCAAAAGGGAAAAAGCCACCAGAAGAACCGUCAUCUUAUCGACCACUUUGUAUGUUAGACACGACAGGUAAGAUACUUGAGCGUAUAAUCCA